GAAGCGGAAGUGGGGGCGCGCCAGCUUGCGGAGGGGGAGCGCCCGCGGCGUCGGUCCAGAGCGGGGUCGCCAUGGGGCGAGGCAGCGGCACCUUCGAGCGUCUCCUAGACAAAGCCACCAGCCAGCUCCUACUGGAGACCGACUGGGAGUCCAUCCUACAGAUCUGUGACCUGAUCCGUCAGGGGGACACACAAGCAAAGUAUGCUGUAAAUUCCAUCAAGAAGAAAGUCAAUGAUAAAAAUCCACAUGUAGCCUUGUAUGCCCUGGAGGUCAUGGAAUCUGUGGUAAAGAACUGUGGCCAGACAGUUCAUGACGAGGUAGCUAACAAGCAGACCAUGGAAGAGUUGAAGGAGCUGCUGAAGAGGCAAGUGGAAGUGAAUGUCCGCAACAAGAUCCUGUACCUGAUCCAAGCCUGGGCCCAUGCCUUCCGGAACGAGCCCAAGUACAAAGUGGUCCAGGACACCUACCAGAUCAUGAAGGUGGAGGGACACGUUUUCCCGGAAUUCAAGGAAAGUGAUGCCAUGUUUGCUGCGGAGAGAGCACCUGAUUGGGUGGAUGCUGAGGAAUGCCACCGGUGCAGAGUGCAAUUCGGGGUGGUGACCCGCAAGCACCACUGCCGGGCAUGCGGACAGAUCUUCUGCGGCAAGUGCUCCUCCAAGUACUCCACCAUCCCCAAGUUCGGCAUUGAGAAGGAGGUGCGCGUUUGCGAGCCCUGCUACGAGCAGCUGAACAAGAAAGCAGAAGGAAAGUCCACCUCUACCACUGAGCUGCCCCCGGAGUACCUGACCAGCCCCCUGUCACAGCAGUCGCAGCUACCCCCUAAGCGGGAUGAGACUGCUCUGCAGGAGGAGGAGGAGCUGCAGCUGGCACUGGCCCUGUCGCAGUCAGAGGCGGAGGAGAAGGAGAGGCUGAGACAGAAGUCAACAUACAGCGCACAUCCCAAGGCAGAUCCCACCCCGCUGGCGUCGUCGGCACCCCCAGCUGGCAGCCUGUACUCUUCACCCGUGAACUCAUCAGCACCGCUGGCUGAAGACAUCGACCCUGAGCUUGCGCGGUACCUUAACCGGAAUUACUGGGAGAAGAAGCAAGAGGAGGCUCGGAAGAGCCCCACGCCAUCUGCGCCUGUGCCCCUAACGGAGCCAGCCACCCAGCCUGGGGAGGGGCAUGCAGCCCCUGCCGGUGUGGCUGAGGCUCCCCUUCCGGAGACAGAUUCUCAGCCCAUAACUCCCUCUAGUGGCCCCUUUAGUGAGCAGUACCAGAAUGGAGGGUCAGAAGAGAGCCACGAGCAGUUCCUGAAGGCCCUGCAGAACGCCGUCACCACCUUUGUCAACCGCAUGAAGAGCAACCAUGUGCGGGGCCGCAGCAUCACCAACGACUCGGCCGUGCUGUCACUCUUCCAGUCCCUCACCAGCAUGCACCCGCAGCUGCUCGAGCUGCUCAACCAGCUGGAUGAGCGCAGGUUGUAUUAUGAGGGGCUACAGGACAAGCUGGCACAGAUCCGUGAUGCCCGGGGUGCACUGAGUGCCCUGCGUGAGGAACACCGCGAGAAACUACGCCGGGCAGCUGAAGAGGCUGAGCGCCAGCGCCAGAUCCAGCUAGCCCAGAAGCUAGAGAUCAUGCGGCAGAAGAAGCAGGAGUAUCUGGAGGUGCAGAGGCAGCUGGCCAUCCAGCGCCUACAGGAGCAGGAGAAGGAGCGGCAAAUGCGCCUGGAGCAGCAGAAACAGACUGUCCAGAUGCGUGCCCAGAUGCCUGCCUUCCCCCUGCCCUAUGCCCAGCUCCAGGCCAUGCCCACAGCCGGGGGCGUGCUCUACCAACCUUCGGGCCCGACCAGCUUCCCUGGCACCUUCAGUCCAGCAGGCUCAGUGGAGGGUUCCCCCAUGCACAGCGUGUACAUGAGCCAGGCAGCCCCAGCUGCCAGCCCUUACCCCAGCAUGUCUGGCACCACGGCAGAUCCUAGCAUGGUGAGUGCCUACAUGUACCCGGCAGGGGCCCCCGGGGCACAGGCAGCCCCCCAGGCCCAGGCGGGGCCCACAGCGAGUCCAGCCUACUCAUCCUACCAGCCCACUCCCACCCCAGGCUACCAGAACGUGGCCUCCCAGGCCCCGCAGAGCCUCCCAGCCAUCUCCCAGCCUCCACAGCCAGGCACCAUGGGCUACAUGGGAAGCCAGUCAGUGUCCAUGGGCUACCAGCCAUACAACAUGCAGAACCUUAUGACUACCCUCCCCAGCCAAGAUGCAUCCCUGCCACCCCAGCAGCCCUACAUCACAGGACAGCAGCCUGUGUACCAGCAGAUGGCGCCCUCGGGUGGCCCUCCCCAGCAGCAGCCCCCUGUGGCUCAGCAGCCCCCUGCACAGGGGCCUCCUGCACAGGGCAGUGAGGCCCAGCUCAUCUCCUUCGACUGACCCUGGGCUGGAGAUUCAGACCAUCCACAGUAACACUACAGUUCAACCGAAACCACCUGUGUCUAACUAGCUGUCUCCCUUGCUUCGUGUGACCCUUCUAGCCCCAGUCCUCGUCCCUGCCCUCAGCCCAGGCUUCUGCCACUGGCUCCCAGCUUUGGUCCUGUCUUGGUCUCUGACUUCUUUCCCCAGGGCUGGGCCUCGGGGACGGGAGGGGGUAGGAAAAGGACCGUCCUCGAGAGUCCUCAGCUCUGUGUGUUGGAACCUGCAAGAGGUGGCUGGAGUGGGGACCCUUAGCCCUGAUGCAACCCGCUCUGGUCUCACUCUGAGCUGGCAGUGAGCUAUCCAGGCCUGGUUCCCCACUUCUCAGCAGGGUGAGGGCUUCAGGCUCUCUGGCUUCUCUGCUUUUCAGCUGUCCUCCAACGCAGAACAGAAAAUAAAAUAUAUUUCAAAAAGUA